AUGAGAACGUCAAGAUAUUCCACUUCUCGGCAAAAGGCUUGCCAGCAAUGUUCCAGUGCAAAAGUGAGAUGUGAUCGCAAAGCCGGGAAUGAACGUUGUACGAGAUGUACGCAGCGAGGCCUACCAUGUGCUUAUCCUCACGCAGAUGUUCCUGAAGCACCAACCAUGACGAACCCGGGGUUGAAUGGGGUCCAGCCACCCAGCCCAUUCUCAAUAUCAGAUAUGUCAUUUGCAAGUCCCGAAAGGGGGCUGCUGGCAACAAACAUGUACAACGAUCCGAUAACGCGUCCGCCAAAAUCCCCAAGUACAACCUCAUCAAGGCCUUUGCCAUUAUUGAACGAAGGCUUUGUUAAUACUGCUGCGCGCAUGCCAGAAAGCUUGGAUGACAUGGACUUCUCCGGCCUCGACCUAGUUUGUCCCAUCAGCGCUGACGAGAUCAAGAACCGCUGGAUUCAAGCCUAUAUUCCUGUUCCUGGCCAGACCGUCAAGCAAUACCCCACCGGUGUCAGCAACUUUAUCUACCAUAUUUUGAAGUCGUACGCAGUUGUUGCGGUGAAUGGUCGUGGUAUUCUGCCGUUCAUCCAUCCCAAACAGAUGAUGGCACAACCAACCGGGUCUCCACUUACUACUUGCUUAAGUCUCGUUCGGAUAUGUUCAAACCCCAUACCUGGUACCGAAGAUGCUGCAGUCAAGGUUCUGCAACGAGAAAUGCACAAUCUUUACAAAAUACGGGACAAAUACGAUGACAAGUGUCUGUUUGCUGCAUUCCAGGCACACCUUAUAUACUCAAUGAUCCUUUUCUUCCAGCUCAACCACGCCUGCAAUGAUCAUUUCCGUGACAUCAUGACAAAUUUGCAAGAGUUAGCGUGCGCCUCAUCUCAGCAAGGACUCCUGUGUGCAGCUAAUCAACGACGGGCGCGUCCUAGAUGGGAAGAGUGGAUUACAGUCGAGGCCAAACGGCGGACCCUAUUUGUGAUGUAUCUGUUCGAUAGCAUCCUUUCUACCCAAGAGGGACUGCCCACUUUCCUCGGCACUGAAUUGCAGGGUCUGCCAGCUCCAGCUAGUAAACUACUGUGGCAGGCAAGUAGUCGAUUCGAGUGGGAGAGGCAGUACAACAUCCACAUGGCGGAGUGGAUGGAGGGUAGUCUAACUAUUGAUGAACUUUGGCCUCCUUUCUUGGGUAUGACUGCGUCUGAUAUUUCUAGAAGGCAUGCGAGAGUGGAUCGCUGGCUGGAAAAUCUUGACGAGUAUGGAACUAUGCUGUAUGCGAUUAUGAGAUGCACCCACAGUGAUUGA